UUUUUUUUUUUCUUUCUGUUCUAACUCGAAAAGCCUUGUGGUGGAACAUCUGCUUGACCUCAUUGGAAGGAUGAAAGCGCCACAAAGGGACUCGGUAUGAAUGGAAAAGACCCGUCAACGUAUUCCAGGCACUCUGAGCACACACUAAAAACAGCUCUCAUCUCUACGAAUCCAGAGCUUGUGACACAGUAUAAGAAGUUGGGUGCUGGGGAACGGCGGCUAAUGAAUGAAGCCUUCCAGCCAUCCAGAAAUCUCUUUGGACCCAUCAUUGUGCAUUCACAGUCGGAUUGGAUCAUCUCACACCCUGAAGAUCCACAAGAUUUUGAGCAGUUUUUCACCGAUCGCUUCAGAAAAGCGCCCUGUCCAAAAAAACAUGUUAUCUAUCUACAGUCCAUUGGCUCUCUAGGCAACACCAGAGUUAUCAGGGAAGAGUAUAUUAAAUGGCUCAAGGGCUACUGUGAAGCAUUUUUCUAUGGUUUGACCGUACGAUUCUUAGACCCAGUGCCAGUCUCGGCAACGAAGUGUUCCUUUAGAGUGAACGAGCAUACACAAAACCUACAGAUCCAUGCAGGGCAUAUCCUGGCAUUCUUGAAAAAGAAGAAACCCAAAGAUGCCUUCUGUAUCGUGGGGAUAACAAUGAUUGAUCUCUACCCACGGGACUCCUGGAAUUUUGUCUUUGGACAGGCCUCUUUGACAGAUGGUGUAGGGAUAUUCAGCUUCGCCAGGUACGACAAGGAUUUCUCCAGCUCACGGUAUGAAGGCAGAGUGAAGAAGCCCACUCGAACAUCUUCCAGUGACUACACCAUUUUUGAUAACUAUUACAAUCCUGAGAUCACUAGUAUUUUGCUGUGGCGAUCCUGUAAGACUUUAACCCAUGAGAUAGGACACAUAUUUGGACUUCGACACUGCCAGUGGCUCGCGUGCUUAAUGCAAGGCUCCAAUCACUUGGAAGAGUCUGACCGGCGUCCUCUGAGCCUUUGCCCUAUCUGCUUACGCAAGCUGCAGAGUGCUAUUGGCUUCAGUAUUAUAGAAAGAUACAAAGCACUGCUGAGGUGGAUUGAUGAUCAGUCUAAUGACAUAAUAGGAGCAACUCCAAGUUCUGACCAUGUGAAUUUGCCGAAACCUGUGGAAGCUUUUAAGGAUUGGAGAGAAUGGAUAAUAAAAUGUAUUGCUGUUCUGGAAGAAUAAGGGCUUUCAGAUAGGAGUAACCAAAAUAAAUACUGGCACACUA